AUGAAAAUUCCCAAAAAUGACUAUUUCACUGAUCAGGAUCAGGAGGAUUACGAUAUAAUGGUAGAAUAUUAUGAGAAUUAUUAUGAAGAUAACCAAAGUGACGAAGCUUUCAACUUAAUUGAUAAUUUAUCAGUAGAAAUUAAUUUGAAUUUACAAGUCCUCACUUGGUUUAUCAAUUUAUUCCACUUAAUAUUUUUAACAAGAAAGCAAUUACGCUCCAAUGCAAUUUUCAUUUUUAUGAUUGCAAUUUGCAUCUCCGACCUAAUUAACCUGGCACUUUGUAAUUAUGACUUUGACCUACAGUAUACCGACUCCUCAGUACCCCGAAAAAUCGUUCCCGAUACAGUAACCUACUACUGUAUGAAGGAUAAAUGGAUGCCCAUUUAUAUCGAAGGACAAAUUAGGAGUACGGUAUUUGAGGUCACCAAAAGAUUAUCCGUUUGGUUUGCCAUUGUUAUGUCCUUUAUUCGAACGAUUUCUGUCAUUUUCCCCAUGAGCAAUCGGGUCCAAACCGUCUCUAGUCCUAAAUGGACAUUGCUCAUUAUUCUUGGGAUUACUGUAGUUUGGUUAAUAGAGCAUACCUGGCAUAUGCCUUGGUUUUAUCGCUAUUUUUGGUUGCCAGAUAUCAUGCCGAAAUUCUGCCCUUGGCAACCAAAGACCGAAACCCAAGUUCAUGUUCUCGUGUUCCCGGAAACCCUCACAAAUUGGCUAAUCGAGAAUUUCGACAUUGUCGAAACUAUCCUAAAAUUUCUCCCGGCGAUUCUAUAUCCAAUUCUUACUGUAUUCCUGCUCUGUCAACUUUCGGCAUAUAAAAGGAAACGGCAAAAAAGUGUAGCCAGUGAGAAAUCGGAUAAUACUAAUUUAUUAGUGUUAGUUAUGACAAUUACAUUUAUGUUAUCCGAAGGGAACUCUGGGUUUCAUGGACUUAUUGAACAUUACCGGGUUAAUUGGAUGAGAUGGACCCGAGGGACGAACUGGACGCUCUACAUCUCCCUUAUCACCCUUCAAUUUCCAACCCUACGAACUGUCAAUGUUUUAUCUCAUGUUAUCAUUUGUCUUAUCAUGUCCCAAGCCUAUCGAGACGCUAUUAAGUCACUAUUUUGUUGCUUUAAAAGGGAAAAGAAUAAGUUUUCGGCUGCAACCGUUGUCCGGAAGAGUACAUCGGUGUCCAAAACCUCCAGUUUGGCUACAAUCGCUUAA